UGUUUUCGUGUUCUCAAUGGGCAACUGUUGUGACUGCUGUUGUCAACAAAAUGAAGAAGAACCUGAAGAAGCUCCGCCAACCUCCGAGCCUGCCGCGGCGGAGCUGGAGACAGGACGCCCAAAGAGUGCGCGCAAGUAUGGCUCGACACUAAGGAAAAUAUUCCAAAAAAAAUCGACUGAAAAAACGCCGCUCAUGGAAGACCCGGCGGAACACCCAGAAACAAAGACUAUGCACUCCAAAUCGACAUUCAAGAAAAUGAAGGGACGGUUUAGCGGCAAAAAGAACGCGAACGUAAAGUCCAGUUUAAAUGAAGAAGACGUUACCAGUGGAUCCGCAAAUUGUGACCCAGACACAGUGUCUGCAGCUGAAGCUACUUCUCAGGCGUACAAGGGCACCGUUGAACGAGGAGAGAAGCUUCAAGACACGGAAGAAAGAACCAUAACAUUAGCAAUGCACGCACAGAGACUUUCAUUGACGGCUAAACAAUUAAAAGACAAGAAGAAGUCUAAGAAAAAAAAAGAUGAAUGAAUUGUUUUAACCUG